AAGAUUUUUACCCAAAGAAAAAUCUAAAAAUCCCUGAGUUCUACCAUAAACCCUGCUUCCUCUGGAAUUGACAUUCAUUAACAGUUGUUGUAAUUCUCAACUGUUGUUCCAUGUAAUCCUCACAUACCCGUUUGCGGAGUAGCGAUGUUUCUGAAAUUUCAGCCAGGCAAUAGCAGCUUCCACAUCCUGUGCUCUACCAAAACCUCACCACCCAGCACCGGAGGAGUUUCAGUUUUUCCACCGGAAAAAUUCGAAUCCAUCAACAAACACAGACAACCCACAAUUCUUGAGGUUGCAAAUGGAGGAGGCCCAAGGCUAAACGGAGUGAAAAAACAGAGUCUUGAUAAAACAAGUGAUGUUCAUGGUGGUGGGUUUAGGCGUUCGGAAAGAAUCCCAGACAGGGAACAGAGAAAAACCAGAACGGAUGGUGGUGGAAUUGAUAAUGGAAGAACUAAUUCUGGCGGGAGAAGUGGGAAAUGUACGGUGGAGAAAGUGCACGCCAAGUGUUCGACGAAAUGGGUCUCAUAUGGAGGUUGUAUUCCGGCGAUUUUGGAGGCUUUGGAUAGGAGAAAUGAUUUGGAGGAGGCUUUGAGGCCUUGGGAAGAAGGGCUAAGUAGCAAGGAAAGGAGCAUUAUUUUGAAGGAGCAAUCAAGCUGGGAAAGGGCUUUGGGGAUUUUUGAAUGGUUCAAGAGAAAAGGGGGUUAUGAGAUGAACGUAAUUCAUUACAACAUUAUGCUUAGGAUUCUUGGGAAAGCUCAUAAAUGGGGCCAUAUUCAGAGUUUGUGGGAUGAAAUGAAUGUUGAGGGAAUUGCACCCAUUAAUUCUACCUAUGGUACACUGAUUGACGUUUAUCACAAAGGCGGCCUAAAAUAUGAGGCACUUUGUUGGCUUGGAAGGAUGAACAAGCAAGGGAUGGAGCCAGAUGAGGUGACAAUGGGAAUUGUGGUGCAAUUGUAUAAGAAAGCGGGACAGCUUAAAGAAGCAUCUGAAACAUUUGCAAUGAUGCUCAGAGAAGGGAUUACUCCGACAACCGUCACUUUUAAUACAAUGAUCCACAUUUGCGGCAACCAUGGUCUGCUAGAAGAGGUUUCUUUGUUGAUGAAGAAGAUGGAGGAGCUUCGAUGCCCACCUGAUACCAGAACAUAUAAUAUUCUCAUUUCCCUUCAUGUUAAGCGUGGUGAUAUACAAAUGGCAACAGCCUACUUUACAAAGAUGAAGCAGAUCCGCCUUGAACCUGAUAACAUAAGUUAUCGGACCCUCCUGUAUGCAUACUCUAUAAGGCAUAUGAUUGUUGAAACUGAAGGCCUUAUACAAGAGAUGGAUGAAAGGGGCCUUGAGGUUGAUGAAUAUAUACAUUCAGCACUUACGAGAAUGUAUAUAGAAGCUGGGAUGGUUGAGAAGUCAUGGCUAUGGUUUUGGAGAUUUCAUCUUGCUGGGAAUAUGAGUUCAGAGUGCUACUCUGCCAAUAUUAAUGCAUAUGGGGAGCGGGGACAUGUCUUGGAAGCUGAGAAAGUCUUCAUCUGCUGCCAGGAGGAAAAGAAGCUCACUGUUCAUGAGUUUAAUGUAAUGAUAAAAGCCUAUGGGAUAGGAAAGAAUUAUGACAAAGCAUGUCAGUUGUUUGAUAGUAUGGAGAGUCAUGGGGUUGUUCCGGACAAAUGCAGCUAUAAUUGUCUCAUACAGAUUUUGGCUAGUGCAGACCUGCCACAUUUGGCAAAACGCUACCUGAGGAAGAUGCAGGAAUCAGGACUUGUGAGUGAUUGUGUCCUAUAUUGUGCUCUGAUCUCAAGCUACGUAAAAUUAGGGCAACCAGAAACGGCUGAAGAACUAUACAGGGUGAUGAUCCAAUGUAAUGUGGAGCCAGAUGUUGUUGUCUAUGGAGUACUGAUCAAUGCUUUUGCUGAUCUUGGAAGUGUUAAAGAAGCUACCAGAUAUCUUGAUGCAAUGAGAAGUGCAGGAUUGUCUGGUAAUACUGUUAUUUACAAUUCAUUGAUCAAGCUUUAUACAAAAGUUGGUUACCUGAAAGAAGCAGUUGAGAUUUACAAACUGCUUCAAUCAACUGAGGGACAUCCUAAUGUGUAUUCCUCGAAUUGCAUGAUUGAUCUCUACAGUGAACUAUCUAUGGUUAGACAAGCAGAAGAGCUAUUUCAGAACUUAAAGAGAAAAAGGGUCGCAAAUGAAUUCACAUAUGCAAUGAUGCUGUGCAUGUAUAGAAGAAAUGGGAGAUUCACUGAAGCCACUCAAAUUGCAAAACAGAUGAGAGAACUGGGGCUUCUAACUGAUUUGUUGAGUUAUAAUAAUGUGAUCGGAUUGUAUGCUACAGAUGGAAGAUUCAUGGAGGUUGUUCGAACCUUCAAGGAAAUGAUAGAUGCUGCCGUUCAACCUGACGGCUGUACAUUCAAAUCACUUCGCUCUGUUCUAGUGAGAUGUGGAGUUCCAAAGCCAGCUGUUCACGAGCUGGAAGCAAGAAGGAAGAAGGAUCCUAAGAGUGGUUUGCAAGCGUGGAUGUCCACACUCUCUUCAGUGGUAGGAGCUGAUGAAUACUACAACUACGAUGCUUAAAGAUUCUUUCUGCAAAAAGCUAAUCGGGUUUGAGUUCAUCAUCCAUAUACCAUAAAAGCAGAAGAAAUUCUUGAAGAACUUGGUCUGAUUUUAGGAGAUGAACAAUAAUUUUUCCCUUGAUACUGUUUUCUGCUGUUGUUUCAGUAAAGUUGGAAGCUUGGAGCACCUUGUAAAUUAAAGAUGUAAAAUUGUA